GUAUUGUUGGCGAGCCUGCACAAGGCCCGCGAGCAAAGGAAGGCCAGGCCCUUCCUCCGCCUAGGCUCCUUGCCUUCGUGGAUCACAGCGGCGCCAGGCAUCGAGGAUGCGUUGCGGGUCAUGAACGGCGCCCGAUUUGGACACCCAGAUCGGUUCAGAGAUAGAGUCUCCAAGGAGAUCCGCAGCGCGGCGGUGCAUCUCCGAGACCCGUCUUUGCAAGCAGCGGUUUGCAUUGGCGCCAGGUACCGCCAGAGCCCCCGGAUGCUCGCGCACCGCCUCGCUGCGGCGGGGCGUGGCGGAUGCUUCGCCGCGGCUCUCACGAAAACCACGCGCGGGUUCCGCACCUACCGGCAGACGGGCCUUUCCGACCGCGCCCUUUGCCGCAGCACCGUGCCGGCAGCAGAGGCGUGCGCGACGUCGCGCCCGUACCCGGACAGGGAGAGCCUCGAAGACGAGGUGGCCCGACAGAUGCGCAAGCAUUGCCGGGGCUGCGGGCUAGAGCACUUCUCCGCCCGCCAAGCAGCGGCUGACCUCAGCCAACUCCCCGGUUGGGCCGGCCACUGCCUCGCCGCGGCGGCCGUCGGCACCCGCCAUGGCCAGAUGCCGGCCACCCUGCCGCACCAGGAGCAGACGGAGAAGUGCGAGUACGGGAAGUUGGUGUGCCGACUCAACUUCGCCGCUGCUGCUUCCGCGGCCCGGUACACGCCCGCCGCGUCUUGA